AUGGAGAAAAUCUUCAGCAGAGGACAUGCUGGCCCAGCACAACCUCUUAAAGAAAACCAAGAGUGCUGGUACCUUCCACUCUUUGGGGUCUACCACCCCAGGAAACCAGACCAAAUUAGAAGGGUGUUCGACUCCUCGGCUACCUACGAGGGAACAUCCUUGAACAAUGUUUUACUCCAAGGCCCGGAUCUGACGAACAGUCUCCUAGGUGUACUUCUACGCUUCCGUAAAGAAAUGAUAGCGGUAGUGGCAGACAUACAACACAUGUUCCAUUGUUUUAAAGUUGUAGAAGAACACAGGAACUAUUUGAGAUUUUUUUGGCACAGAGACAAUGAUGUGAACAACGAGCUGAUGGAAUACUGUAUGUUUGUGCAUGUAUUUGGCAACAGACCAUCCCCGGCAGUCGCAACAUACGGUCUUCGUAAAAUUGCUGACAUAUCCAAAAACACACAUGGAAUAGAAGUCGCACAGUUUAUCCGUAGAAACUUCUAUGUAGACGAUGGACUAACAUCAUGUCCCACAGCCGAAGAAGCCAUAAGUUUGUUGCAGAAAACUCAAGAUGCAUUGAAACGAAAUGGCAAUCUAAGAUUACACAAGUUCGCUUCGAACAGCUCCAUUGUAAUGAAAACCCUUGAUCCUGAUGACUUGGCUGAUGGUGUCUAUUAUCUUGACUUGGAGGAUGAUCCAGCAAUGCAACGGAGUCUUGGCAUCAAUUGGAAUCUCACCAGUGACAGUUUCAUAUUCAGUGUCUCAACAGAGGACAAACCAUUGACAAGAAGAGGCGUUUUGUCGACAGUUAACAGUUUAUAUGACCCUCUUGGCUUUCUUGCACCAGUGAUCAUCGUAGGAAGACUUAUUAUGAGGCAGGUCGUCUCGGAAACAUCUGAUUGGGAUGAACCACUGACCGAACCUGUCAAGUCUCAAUGGGCCACUUGGAAAUCAUCAUUACAAGCCUUGGAGAGAAGUCAUGUGCCACGUGCAAUCACACAAAAUUUGAGCAAAUCUACAAAAAGAGAACUCUUGACAAUUUCUGAUGCCUCGGAAAAAGCAAUAGCGGCGGUAUCUUAUCUCAGGAUAACAUAUGAGGGUGGAUCUCAACAAGUCGGAUUCAUAUUGGGAAAAACAAAGGUUGUACCCUCAUCAGGACACACAAUUCCAAGGCUUGAAUUAUGCGCAGCAGUUCUAGCCAUAGAAGUUGCUCAAACAGUUCAAGAUCACAUUGAUAUUGAAUUUCAGGAUGUGAAAUAUUUUUCUGACAGUCGUGUUGUCCUAGGUUACAUUCACAACGACACAAGACGUUUUCAUGUGUAUGUUUCUAACAGAGUGGAGAAGAUCAGAAACCUCAGUCUACCUGAACAGUGGUCCUAUGUUCCAACAAAUAUGAAUCCUGCAGAUGAAGGAUCCAGAGGAAUACUGCCAGAGAACCUACAAAGGAGUGUAUGGUUAAAUGGACCCUCUGAUUUCUUGAACAAGACUCCUGACACAACCAGUGAGAUGUUCGAACUCAUUGAACCACGAGAGGACAAAGAAAUUCGUAAUACCUGUUUGAAGACUCAGUACACACCUACACUGGGUACCCACAGGUUUGAGAGAUUCCAAGAAUGGAACCACCUCACUGAAGCUAUUGCUCUUUUGAAACGCUUUCUUGAGCAUAGAAAAGAGAAUAAAACCAAGAUCAUACCAAAGUCCAUAGAUUCAUAUAAGGCAGCUGAAAAAGUUAUCAUCAAAGCCGUACAACAAGAAAUAUAUGCUGAGGAAACAGACUGCUUACGUUCUUCACGAAGCUUACCACGAAACAGUCCUAUACUCUCUUUGGAUCCUUUCCUAGAUGACGAAGGUAUCCUCCGUGUAGGUGGACGGCUGAAAAAUGCUCGAGUGGACACCGUAUGCACACAUCCUAUAUUGAUACCUGGGAAACAUCAUAUCGCUAAGCUUCUGAUCAUCAAGUGUCAUCAGUCAGUUCGUCACCAAGGUCGUUACUUCACGGAAGGCAAAGUGAGAUCCAGUGGAUAUUGGAUAACAGGAUGUAGGCGCCUUGUCGUUUCGAUCUUAAACAACUGUGUAGUAUGCAGAAGAUUGUGUAGACAAUGCGAGACCCAGAAAAUGUCUGACCUACCAGAAGAACGCCUGAUCCCAGGGCAGCCUCCCUUUACUUCAGUAGGGGUAGACGUUGUUGGUCCAUGGAACGUCAUAACUCGUAGAACCAGAGGAUCCUCGGCAAGCAGCAAACGAUGGGCAGUUCUGUUUACCUGUCUCGUCACUCGCGCAGUACACAUAGAGGUCCUUGAAGAGAUGUCGUCAUCAUCAUUUAUAAAUGCUCUGAGACGGUUCACGGCAAUCCGUGGUAAAGUGAAGACAUUUUGGUCGGAUAGAGGUACAAACUUCGUUGGUGCUGUUGACCCUCUACACGUAGAUGCAAUCUGGGUCAAAGACUUUCCAUUGAAACAAUUCCUUUACAACGAAGGGACCAUUUGGAAAUUCAAUCCUCCCCAUGCAUCACACAUGGGUGGUGUAUGGGAGAGACUUAUAGCGAUAACGAGACGAAUUCUUGAUAGCAUGUUGCUAGAUCACCGACGGGUUGGACUUACACAUGAAGUGCUGGUUACUCUUUUAGCAGAGACUAGUGCAAUGAUCAACUCACGACCAUUAACGGGUAUCUCUUCUGACCCAAACUCAUCAUUCAUCCUCACACUAAACAUUCUACUAACUCAGAAGAUGGAUGUAUUAAACGAAAAGAUUUGUGAAACUGAUUCUAAGGAUUUGAUGCGUGUUCAGUGGAAAAGAGUACAACACCUUGCAAAGGUAUUCUGGGACAAGUGGAAGAAGGCAUAUUUACACACUCUACAGACUCGAAAGAAAUGGCAUCAGACCCAAAGAAAUGUUCGUGUUGGUGAUGUGAUACUGAUGAGAGAGAAAGAUAUGCAUCGAAAUGAAUGGCCCUUAGGCAUCGUCACCAAGGUGUUUCCUGGACAAGAUGAUCUAGUGCGUAAAGUGGAGGUCAAGGUCAACCGGAAUGACAAGAUCACUUCAUACACCAGGCCGGUGAACGAUAUUGUUAUCCUCUUGGAACAGUGA